AUGUAUCCAGUCUAUCUUCACUUGUGCGUACUCAUAAAGCCUUUGAAGGAGGUAAAAGAGAGUAGAACCGGGGGAGUCCGACCCGAGAUGAAUGCCGAAUUAGAUAUGACCCUGCCCGUGAUUGAUAUUCUGGAAGGGGCCAAGUUGCGCGGGGAAUUCCUCCCCGGUUUCGACGGCGCAAGAGAUGUGUGGAGGGAAGAUAUUGAGAUAUAUGCCCCCGGAUACUUGCAAAUGGAGGCCGAGGGGAACGAGGCGGACUAUGAUCAUCACAUCUCAUCGAUCCGGAUGAAGCAUUUGAGAUUCGUCAAAGUAUGUAUCAGGAACAGACGGGUCCAGCGCUGGCGCGGCGGAGUUCCCGUUACGUUUCUUAAAUCGUUUAACUGUCGCUUUGGCAUCCGCAAAGAGCUUCAGAAUCUGGUCCAGAAGUCCUUGGAACACGGCUCAAGAGACAAAUGCCGCGAUUAA